CUUUCCAGCAAAACAAUAACAGAGUCGCCGACAGCUCACGUAGUACGCCGGCAGAUUUCAGUCGCAAACGUUCGACGCGAGUCGAAUGCGCAGAGCUCCCGAGCGGAUUUGAGAGAUUCCAGGCAGAUACAGAUACCUUCCGAACCCGGAGAUGCGCAGCCUCAGCCGCUUCCGCCUCAUCACCUUCGACGUGACCAACACGCUGCUCCAGUUCCGGUCGAGCCCCGGCAAGCAGUAUGGCGAGAUCGGAGCCCUCUUCGGAGCCAGAUGCGACAACAACGAGCUGGCCAAGAACUUCAAGGCCAACUGGUACAAGAUGAACCGCGAUUAUCCCAAUUUCGGACGCGACACGAAUCCCCAGAUGGAGUGGCAGCAGUGGUGGCGUAAGCUGAUAGCAGGCACUUUUUCGGAUAGUGGAGCUGCCAUUCCCGACGAGAAACUGCACAACUUCUCCAACCACCUCAUUGAGCUGUACAAGACCUCCAUUUGCUGGCAGCCGUGCAACGGCAGCGUGGAGCUCCUCCAGCAGCUGCGCAAGAACUUGAAGCCGGACAAGUGCAAGCUGGGGGUGAUAGCCAACUUCGAUCCCCGGCUGCCGGCGCUCCUCCAAAACACCAAGCUGGAGCAGUACCUGGACUUCGCGGUCAACUCGUACGAGGUGAAGGCCGAGAAGCCGGACCCCGAGAUCUUCCACAAGGCGAUGGAGAAGUCCGGGCUGGAGAACCUCCGGCCGGAGGAGUGCCUGCACAUCGGCGACGGACCCACCACCGAUUAUUUGGCCGCCAAGGAACUGGGCUGGCACUCUGCGCUGGUGCACGAGAAGAGCUACGCCUAUCUGGUCAAGAAGUACGGCGAGGACAUCGACCGGGAUCACGUCUUUCCCAGUCUGUAUGACUUCCAGAAGAAGGUGUCCGACGGCUCGGUAGUCUGGUGACCGAUUGUACAUACAUUAAAGUAGUAAAACCUUAAA